AUGGCGUCUGUCAUAGCUCGCAAAUGGUUACUGAAGAAAAACUAUGAAGGGACUCCAAAGAGAGAAGAUUUGGAAAUUAUUGAAGAAGAACUACCUCCACUAAAAGAUGGAGAGUUCUUAGUGGAGGCUCAAUGGAUUACAGUAGAUCCUUAUCAAAGAAUUGUAACUGGAGUCGGUAAUGUAAUAAAAGGAGGACAAGUAGGAAAAAUUAUACAAUCUAAAAAUAAUGACUUUGCAGUUGGUGAUUUAAUUUUUGGAUACUAUGGUUGGUCCAGUCAUACAAUCUGUGAUGGUAAUCCAGUUGGCCAUAUCCAUGGUCUACGAAAACUAGAUCCUUCCAAUCCUGUCCCACCCUCUACUGCCUUGGGUACUGGGGAUGCCGUGCCGGCUACUGCAUACUUUGGCUUUCUUGAUAUAUGUCAGCCAAAACCAGGUGAGACUUUAGUUGUCAAUGCAGCGGCAGGUGCUGUAGGUUCAGCUGUUGGACAAAUAGCAAAAAUCAAAGGGUUACGAGUGGUUGGUUUUACUGGAUCAGAUGAGAAAGUAGCUUAUUUAAAGAGCCUGGGAUUUGAUGCAGCUUAUAACUAUAAAACUAUUAGUACAAUUACUGAUGCUCUUAAAGAAAGCUGUCCCAAUGGUGUUGAUUGUUUCUUUGAUAAUGUGGGCGGAGAGUUUUUUGAGUCAGUUCUUGGUCAAAUGAACACUUUUGGAAGAGUUGCCAUUUGUGGUGCUAUAUCUCAAUAUAAUGCUCUAGAACUUCCUAAAGUUCAUCCAGUGACAACUAUUAUAUUAUGGAAACAGUUGACAGUUAAGGGAUUUAUUGUUACUCGUUGGUUGGACCAGUGGCCUGAUGCCUUUAAAGAAAUGACACAAUGGAUCCAAGAGGGGAAGCUACAAUAUAAAGAAUUAGUGUUUAAUGGUUUUGACUCCAUUUUUGAUGCCUUUAUUUCACUCUUCAAAGGAGCUAAUAUUGGCAAAGUAGUUGUCAAAGUGUAG